GGCAGACACCAUCUGUGGUGAGGUGCUCCCUCCCCACUGACUCAUUGAUUCUUCUUUCGAAGUACUUUUCGUUGCCCGCCACAGGUGCUCUAAGCCCUGUGCAAGGCGCCCUCCCAAGCAAAUGCUUCGGAGACGGCUGAAUUCUUUUCUUGUCUACAUAACUGUAGCCUACAUAUCUGCAGCUCUGCCCUUCGUGCCCCGUCGCCCUCGAAUUCGUUUCAUGUAUGCACUGCAUGUUGUCUGCUGGGGGGCUGGCUGUCUGACUGGCUGACUGGGGAAAUGGAUGGAAAUCGAUGGGAAGGAAGGACUCGUUUUUCCGAUGUACAGGCAGUGCCGCCCAUCUGUGGGUUUACUUUGUCGAUUGGUACUGGUUUGCGCCCGCGAGCGCUCGUCGAGUGACGAAAUGACUGUCUGAAGAAGCGUCUGAGACACGCCUUGUUUGCUUUGAUUGGAGUCUGUACGAGAGAGGAGAGGUGCUCUGCUUAUUUCUGUGAGGGCCUAUGUAUUUACUUCAUGAAAGAAAGGCCGAGCAAGGGGAGACAGGAGUGCACAGGCUAGGAAAGAAGGCUGGCCGUGGCUGAGUUGUGUCGAGAGAUGUGUAAAUGCAUGCGGGUCUGCAUGCAUACUCGCUGGUUUUACAAGGUGUACGCUAGUUCUACAGGGUGCGUACAUAACGCCGUACGCACUGUAGGGCAAGGACAUUUUUCGAAUGCUCCAACUCUCCUUCAUCACCCCCAUUCCACUUCCAGUCCACCCGUGUGACUUCUGUCUUUGGUGCUUCUUCGUGCGGACAAAGCGACUUCGUUUGGUUUGAGUGAAAGAGACGUGUCGUUGUUGUCUGUCUUGCAUCUGCGGAGGUGUUCCUCGAGCAGUCUUAUUCCCUCGUGGCCUUUCUCGGCGUCUCGGAGCGGUCUUGGGCAUCAGGAGCGGCUGCAAGGAGCUCAGGUAUGACAUUGACUGGCUGCGCUUGUGUGUGUGUGUUGGUCUGUGUCAGUGCUGAAUGCGCCUGAGGUAAUCGGAUGCCAUCGGAGCGGGAGGCGGACCUCACGGAUCCGGGACGUGCUCGCCUGAGUCGCGGUUGAAUACGGGUUACUCAGGGUAAAUGGCAUGUACUGCCUGAUGGGACGCCGCCUGUGGCUUCGUAAGAGCGAGUUGUACGCCCGUGAGGAGCCGAGACGCCUCGCUGACGGCGAUCUGCUGAACGGGCUGCAAGAGAACACUCCGUUGAGGAUGUUCUUGUGAGCUUCCGUAUGCGAUGAAGCAGAGUGGCAACAAAGGAGACAUGGUGCGGCCAUGCUCGCUUUGUGUGUCUUGGACGGCCGAACGAAAGCAAUGAGAGAGUGACUCAUUGACUUGUCGUUCUGUGCCUGGUCGACGGUGUGUUGACGAGAUGGAGAGAAGACAGUGAUUUUCCCUCUCGACGGACGGAAUGUCUCUGUAUGUUACGUAUGGCUUCAUGGCAUCCCACCAGCCCUUCGUGUCUCUCUUGUUAGCUGAGACUCAGACCUCCCUUGUGAAGGUGUGGUGAAUGGUUGCGUAUAGGAUGCGAUGCGAUUGGUCAUCCUCAUAUUCGUUAUUGAGCUGCGCUGGAUGGAGACAUGCGUCGAAUGCAAUGUCCCUCAUCGUGUGUCGGCUGGAUUGGUUUGUAUUUGAUGAUCGAUCAAUCCCUCUCGCCCACACGACCCUUUACAUACGCUCGUGAACCAUUCGUGCGACGAUGGGUCCUCGUUUGUUAAUUACCGGCAUGCAUUCACUACACACGGUGGAUGUCUUGUGUGUACGUCGCUCACACAUCACUAUCCCACCUCAUGACACUUAUCGUGGCUCCCCUCCCGGGAGGGCAUGAAGUGUUGUGUGAUGCUGUAUGAAGCCUUUGUGGUUUGAAAAUGAAGAGGAAAUCGGUUCUCCCUUUCCUGCUGUGCUGAUUGGCAGAUUGGGCGGACUCUUUGUUCAGUUGAUUGUCUCGUCAAUCAAAAAUCAUUUGUUGAUUCACUGAAUCACACCCGAGUGCGCACCUAUUUGAGACAUCAAAUAGCGUGUCCCUUGGUGUAUGCUACAAGCCCCAGGGGCUGGUGUGUUUGUCAAUCCCAACGGACAACACGUUCAGUGGUGUGUCGGGGCAAAUCGUUGGCGUGACAUUCAGACAGGGCACAUAGCAGUUGCUCCUGCGAAUCACGCUGUUCCGAUUCAACAAGCACCGCAGGCACCUGCUGCACCAGCAGCUCCUCCUGCGCCUGCUCCUGUAGCACCGGCAGCCCAGCCAGUUCAACUUGAUCCACUUCUUGCUGUCGCUGGCCCUGACGCUCAUCUCGUCUUUGUAGACGGAGUUGACGCCAUGGCUUUCUCUGAGCGCAACAACAAGAUCAACUUCAUUUGCAACAGCAUUGGCACUUACAAUGGCACUGUCGAGGGCCAGCCGGCCGAGCAGUUUGUCGAUCGAUUCACGCGAACGAUCGGUGAUGUCGGCCAGUUUUUCGGCCAAAGACAAACUUCUCACGUUGGGCCAGUGCCUGAGUGGCGAAGCGAAGGGCAUCCUCGAGGGAUACCACAAGAGGCAUCCCAUCUCUGAUGCCGCGGCGAAUGAUCCCAACGAUGCCUACUGGCAGACAGCGUUGGACGAAGUCAUUGCCGACGUCAAGGCGACGUACGGCAUCACUCCGGGCUUUGCCCGCCAAGCCGUCAAGAUUCUGAGCAACCCGGCGUCGAUCAAUCAGAUCAAACCGGACGGUUCGUUGCGUCAGAGAUUCACUGAGUUGGAGAAGAUCAUCAAUGUGGCCGAGACGCAGGUCAAGCUCACCGAUGAGCAGAAGGCCGAUGCGGCCAUCUCGUUGCUGCCUCCCAUAUUGCAACCCAAUCUGAAGGUUCAGAUGGAGAACAACUGGGAGCAGCGCAAAGCGGUCUAUCUCACCGGCGCAGCUGGUCGAGCCGAGACCGAUGAGGAGUGCCCCAAACGCAAAGACUGCUACAACUUCCAACAGGCAAAGAGACACGCACUCAUGUAUGAGAAUGCGUAUCCUGAGCCGGUUGCGCAGACCAACUUGAGUUACAAACACGAGGCCACUCGCUCACCUGAUGUGGCGAAACUCAUGGGUGCGUUUGGUGAGCUGCUCAAACCAUCGACGGACAGCAUGGACAGUUUGUCGGCUGUGGGUGCCUUCGCCGCCCCCAAGCCGGCUGUCCCAUUCGCUAGUCUCGCUGAGGCCGUCCAGUCCACGAUGAGUCCGUUCGCUGUGUCUUCUGGCUCCAAAGCCACGAAGGAAGAGAAACCAGCGAGCAACUUGGGCAUGUCUCAGGGAGACUUAGCCAAACUCAUCAAGGACUCGGUCGGCGAGAAGGUUGAGGAGGCGUUGGCGAAACAGAAGAAGGAUGCUUCUUCGUCUCGCCCGUCCACCUUCUCCCGAUAUCGUUUCGGCGGCACCAAUCGAGUGAGUGCGCUCGAGGAGGAUGCUGCGUCCUCUGACGGCGACGACGAGGGAGACAUCGUCUUCAAGUCGAUGUUCUCGGCACUCAUCGAGCAGAAGAGUAUGCCCCCUGCCCAGGCUGCGAAGCUGGCACGGGCUGCUCAGGAAGCUGCCAUCAAGUCGAGAGUUCCUUCCCACAUGCGCACUGACGCAAGCACGAGUUCCGCGCCGUCCAGUUCGAGCACCUCGAACUCGGGAGGCGGCGGCAGAAUUCAGUGCUAUGAGUGCAAGGGCUUCGGGCACAUCGCUGCUCAGUGUCCCAAUAGGAAGAAUGCUCAGUCAUUCGCACAGCCAUCGUGUCCUGCAUGCGGCAAGCAGCACGCAUUCGUCGAUUGCGAUUCUGAGGCUGCUCGCAUACUCAGACGCGCGCAUUCGGACACGGCGGCUGCCACCGACACUGCACGGUCGGGAAAGUGA